UACGAUCCACCGCGUCCCCGUCGAGCCCAUCCGCCGACAGCCCACGCCGAUCUCAUUCUUCCUCUCUCGGCGGCGGAAUUAGACACCUGAGAAUCGCCGCCGCCGCGGCGGUUCGAUGGCAGUCGUGAUCGAGAGCUCCGUCUGGGAGCCGAACCCCUCUCUUUUCGUCUUCAUCUUCCUCGCUUGCUUGCUCUCCGUCUUCCUCCUCCCUUACGCCUCCAGAAGCGCGCCUCCUUCCGUCUUCGACCAUGGAGCCUCGCUGCACUCUUCGCGCUUCCAGCGGAACUUCCUCCUCCUCUACUCCCUCUGCUCAGUGAUGGAAGGGGUACCGUCGGUGUUCGGGGAGUUCGAGUUCAGUUACUUUGGCGUGAGUAGAGAGCAAAUGGUUUUAUCUCUCUGUGUUGGAUUUGCGGCUUCUCUCAUUGUUGGAUCUUUCCUUGGAGUGCUUUCUGAUACGAUAGGCCACAGGAAAUUCUGUUUAUUCUUUUGCAUCUUGCACCUUUUUGUUGGUAUAUGGAAGAGGAUAACUGCCCAUCCCAGUGUUUGGGUAGCAAGUGUAUGUUUGUCUCUGGCUUCUUCAAUAUACUCUUUCAGUUUUGAGACAUGGAUGGUUGUUGAACAUGAAAAGCAAGGGCACAGAGAAGAUUUAUUGAGCGAUACCUUUUGGUUGAUGGCAUUCUUGGGGUCUGCAUCUUUCAUUGGAAGCCAGGUGUUUGCCAACUGGCUGAUUGGUGAUGAUCUGAAGAAGAGAAUGAUAUCUCCUUCGACGGCAGCCGUCUUGUUGGCUUUGGUGGGAGUUAUUUGUGUUGCACGGCUGUGGAGAGGAUCUUCUCAACAAGAGGUGUUUGAGGAUCAUGGCAGGUCCUAUAGCUAUUUUUGCAAUGAUAGAAGAAUAUGGUUAUUGGCAUGUGCACAAGCUUGCCUUCACUUCUCCAUAUCAAUGUUUUGGAUUCUCUGGACCCCAAUAUUGGUGGCUGAUGGCAGAGAACUGCAUCUGGGCUUGAUAUAUCCGUGCCUUUUGGGAGCAAGAAUGCUUGGAAGUACAAUUUUUCCUUGGCUUAUUAGUGGAUCUUUGUCAUUUCGAACUGAAGAUUGCACACUUUAUGCAUUCAUCAUAUCUGGUUCUGUACUCUCUGUCGUAGCCUAUGACUAUCAGGAAAUUGGAGUUCUAGUAGCAUUGUUCUUCCUAUUUCAGGCAUGUGUAGGAGUCAUCCUACCUUCUCUUGCCAGAUUAAGGACCAUGUAUGUACCAAAUGACUUGCGAGGAGGAAUGAUAAGCUUUUCUCUUGCUCCUGCGAAUGCUGCAGUUUUGCUAUUUUUGGUGCACGGAGGCUACUAUCGCAGUGUUAGUAAUGCAGCAAUUAUGGCAUUCGCUGCUGUUGGGCUUUUCGCUGCAGCUGGUUGCAUGCAUGUCUUGAAGCGGUUAGGGAAGCAACCGUACCAGCACUUGCGCAAGUUAUGAGUUCAUCACUCAUCUGCCAAUGUCCAGAUCGCUUUAAUAUCAAUGGCUUAUCAGUGGGACAGAGGAAGGAUAAGGAUUUGGUUUCAAUUGUGUAUAAAAUGCAGUCACAGCAUGCAAAGGGGGUCCAAUUGAUUGGCGAAAAGAGUUGAUCAAAUUCAAUCUCCUUUACCAGUACAAUUCCACGUAGCAGACAUGAAUUAUUUCGUUGCGAGGAAGAUGCUAUCAACAGUGACUAUCAGUUGCAAAGUCUGUCGAACUCUAUGGAAAGCUAUGAAAGGAAAUCAAUGCCUGAUCAUCAAAAGCCAUAUGAGGGAAGACAAUGAUCCAUUGGGGCAUCACCUGGGAAUGAGGACCUCUUGCUAGCUGUGGAAUCAUAUGCUGAGGAUUUUUGUCUGGCAACUAUUUUGAUGUUGCUAGAUUUGAGAGAUUGCAUUCCAUAUAUUUUAUUGUCUGAGACUCUGGAGAUUAAAUUUUUGCCUAGGUCUCAAUAAGGAUAUCUUAAGGUUUAGGGGAUUCUCAUUUUAUUUUUAUUCUUUUAUUUCAAGGGUGGCGAUUUGAAAGCAAUUGUGAUAUCGGCAAGUUUGAAAAUGGAAAAAUGUCUCUGUACCAAAAA